UACCAGUGUGGCGGACUGGCGGAUGGUCGACUUUCAUUUUAAUUGUGUGCCAAUUUUGUUUUGUUACUUGUUUAUUAUUACUUUAAUUGAAUCAUCUUGAAAACAAUUGUGUUAACAUUAGUAACGCUCUCGCUAUGAAAUCUAAACGCCGUCAUCAUGACUCCUCUGACGAAUCUGAAGAAUCGGAUGUAAGUGAUAAGUCAAGUAGUUCGUCUGAUAGCGAAAGCGAUGUUUCCUCAGUAUCUGAUCACCGGCAUAAAAAGAAAAAGAAGAGAGCAGAUUCCUCAGAAUCUGAAAGUGACUCUGAUGAUCAAAAAAGAGCUAAGAAACGAAAACAUAAGAAAAAGAAGAGGAAGCAUAGUAAAAAGAAGCGUCGAUCCGAAUCUGAACAACAUGAGUCUGAUGACAACAUAUCAAUUAGUGAGGGUGAAAUAUCUGUAAAAAAGAAAAGGAAACAUAAGCAUAAGCAUUCAAAACGAGGACACGGGUCAUCUGAGGAGGAAGAGCAUGUCAGUGUUGAACGUCGUUUACACAGCGUUGUGAAGGAACGUCGUGCCGAUUCUGAGGAACAUCGACCUUCUAGAACAUACUAUCAGAAAGAAUACCCACAUUCUGGUGGCAAUGAAUAUGACAGGGAAAGUGAAGUUGAGAGGUUUUAUCGGGGCUCUAGUAAGGAUCGUAGACAACAUUACCAGGAUAAUUACUAUCCUGAUCCAGAACGUGGUGAAAGAUAUCCACCACAACAGGACAGGUUUGAUAGGAAUAGAGAUAAAUAUGGUCAGAGUAGUCAAUACAAUGAGUAUAAUCAAAGACCAAGGGAGUAUGAACAGUACAAAAGGAAUCAACGCUAUGAUGACCAGAGACCUGAUGAUGGAUACCAAAAACGCAGAAAUGAACCCUACGUAAGGGAUGACCCAAGAGGUAAUAAGUAUAAGCAGUAUGGUGAGAGAGGUCCUAUGAGGAAGGAAUUUCCGGACGAAAGGGAGUAUCAUCAAAGGCGAGGUCCACCUGAACCACCAUUACGAGAAAGGGAAUACCCUGAGAAGCGUGAGAGAUUCCCUGAAGAAACACGAUCAUCAGACAGGAGCAGAGACGUCCGCCGCGAAAGGUUGGGAAGGCCCGAAAAACCCAUAGCACAAGAAAGGGAAUAUUCCAGAAGCCCAGAAGAACGGUACAAGGAAAAGAGAAGAGUGGAGCAUAAAGGAGAAAGAGGGGAACCGGAUCGCGAUAGAGACAGCUACAGGGAAAGGGAAGAUCGCAGGCGGGAGUACAGUAGGGACAGACACAGGUCGAACAACGAUGCUCGUGCCGAUCGAGGGCCCAGGGAGAGAAAGAGCAGGUUUGCUGAUACAGACGAAAAGAAAGACUACAGUUGGGGCAAGACAGAAGUGAAGAAGGAAGGAAGUCAAACAGGAGAGAAGGAGAAACCUAACUUCGGUUUAUCGGGCAAACUGACUGCUGACGCUAACACUGUCAACGGUGUCGUUAUCAAAUACACUGAGCCGGAUGACGCUAAACAACCAAAAAGACGUUGGAGGUUCUACCCGUUCAAGGGCGACAAGGCGCUGCCGAUCCUGUACAUCCACCGGCAGUCGUCGUUCCUGAUCGGGCGCGACAAGAAGGUGUGCGACAUCCCGCUGGAGCACCCGUCCAUCAGCAAGCAGCACGCCGCGCUGCAGUACCGCGCCGCGCCCUUCCAGCGCGCCGACGGGACCACCGGCCGCCGCGUGCGCCCCUACGUCAUCGACCUGGAUUCGGCGAAUGGCACAUUUGUAAACAACAAGAAGAUUGAACCGCGUCGGUAUGUGGAGCUGCUAGAGAGGGAUGUCGUUAAAUUUGGUUUCUCACAACGCGAGUACGUGUUGCUACAUGAAAAUAGUAAGGAUGACGCGCAAGACGACGACCAAGACGCCGCCCUACCGGUGGCCACUACCGACAAGAUCAAGCAAGAGAAACGUGCCAAGGAAGAAGCUGCUGCUGACGGAUAAACUAAUUAAAUGGGCCCUCUUCACAAUGGGCAGAGUUGGCCCAACAAAAUGGUCGUCAAUGUUUGCCGCCAUUUGGGCGAUUAUGAAAAAAACAUUUACAAUGACGGCCGAACAUACAUUUCUACACUAUCAUUAUUACCUCUACUCGGCCAAUACUACAAAUUGUGAAGAGGGCUCAUUACGCAAAUAUAUGGACAAAUUAUAAUAGCUUUAUCGCUUUCUGUCGUUUAGUUUUGUCGUAGAGUGAAAAAGAUACAUUGACACUUUUUAGUGUAAGUUAUUUUUUCGGUUAUCAACCAAAUCACGGCAGAAGAUAGGAUAAUUAAAUUCAAACUAUAACUAACAUUUUUUUGUUUCUUUGUAACCUGAAAACGACAGAAAGAGAUAAAGCUAUAGGAUAAUAAAUUAAAUUCAAACUAUAACUAACA